AUGCAAAUUUAUGCUGGUCUGGAUGGAAAAAGAUUUCAAGAACAGUGCCUCUUACAGGAGCAUGUUGGCACGCACGUUUGGGCUAGGAAGGCAGGGCCUAGUAAAAUUGGAAAAAGAAGGAAGAAAGAAGACGAAGAUGUGCCGCCCUUAACAGCAAACGAUGCAUGGUCCAAGCACCUCCUCCCCAAUAUCACAACUGCUUCCUCCUCCUCUGUACAGAAACAACUUACAGUUACAGAAGAGAAGCUUAGGGUUUCUUCUUCUCAAAUGGCUACAAUGGAGAGCUUGAUCGGUCUUGUUAAUAGAAUGCAGAGAGCCUGUACUAUUCUCGGUGACUACGGCGGUGACUCUGGUGGCGCCGCUGCAGUUUCUUUGCCUACUCUCUGGGAGUCUCUUCCCUCUAUCGCCGUUGUUGGCGGCCAGAGUUCUGGAAAGUCAUCAGUGUUGGAGAGCAUUGUGGGCAGAGAUUUUCUUCCAAGAGGAUCAGGGAUCGUGACAAGGCGACCUUUGGUAUUGCAACUGCACAAGACAGAACCAGGGAUACCGGAGUAUGCAGAGUUUCUUCACAAGCAAAGGGAGAGAUUCACAGAUUUCGCUAUGGUUCGAAAGGAAAUUCAAGAUGAAACUGAUAAAGUUACUGGGAAGUCAAAGCAGAUAUCUCCUGUUCCUAUUCAUCUGAGUAUCUACUCCCCAAAUGUUGUCAACUUGACAUUAAUAGAUUUGCCUGGUUUAACAAAAGUUGCAGUAGAGGGUCAGCCAGAGAGCAUUGUUAGGGACAUCGAAAAUAUGGUUCGUUUAUAUGUUGAGAAGCCAAAUUGCAUCAUUCUGGCCAUAACUCCAGCCAAUCAAGAUAUAGCAACAUCUGAUGCUAUCAAACUUGCUAGAGAAGUUGAUCCAGCAGGUGAAAGGACAUUUGGUGUGUUGACAAAGCUUGACUUGAUGGAUAAGGGAACAAAUGCUCAGGAUGUUCUUGAAGGAAGGGCUUACCCGCUUCAACACCCUUGGGUUGGAAUUGUUAACCGGUCUCAAGCUGAUAUCAAUACAAAUGUGGAUAUGAUUGCUGCUCGUCAAAAGGAGCAUGAGUUCUUUGCCACUAGUCCUGAUUAUGGAAACUUGGCUGGCAGGAUGGGUUCAGAAUAUCUUGCAAAACUUCUGUCUAAGGUUCCAUUUCUACUUGCACAGCUGACAACAUUUUCUCUACUUGUUGUUAUCCCAACUUCUUUAUCAAUUGCUGAAGGUAUCACAUCUUUAAUAAAUAGAAGCAUUGAUGAUCUUGAAUCAGAGUUGGAUCACCUUGGUAGACCUGUUGCAAUUGAUGCUGGGGCUCAGCUAUAUACCAUUCUAGAGUUAUGCCGUGCAUUUGAUCAUGUAUUCAAGGAGCAUUUGGAUGGAGGGCGUCCUGGUGGUGAUCGAAUUUAUGGAGUUUUUGACUACCAGCUUCCUACUGCUUUGAGGAAGCUUCCAUUUGACCGUCAUUUGUCUAUGCAAAACGUAAGAAAAGUUGUUUCAGAGGCAGAUGGAUAUCAACCUCAUCUAAUCGCACCAGAGCAAGGUUAUCGACGUCUUAUUGAUGGUGCACUUAAUUACUUCAGGGGCCCUGCUGAAGCUUCUGUAGAUGCUAAGGAGUUGCCUUUGGUUCCGAUGAAUGGUUUUGGAGAGGAACUCGUGUUCUUUUUGAGUAAACACGGAGUUCAUCCUAAACUUGAGAUAGAUCUUAUCCAGUCAUGGAAUCCACAUUAUGUUCUAUUGAUUGGUGUUAUCUUGCAGGUUCACUUUAUUUUGAAGGAGCUUGUAAGGAGGUCAAUUGGAGAAACUCAGGUUUGGAAUUCGGAAACUUAUGAGUGUAUUACUGGAAAAGAUCUAGAAAGAAUGUUAAUUAAUGAUUUGGGAAAUGGACAGGAGUUGAAGCGCUUUCCAACUCUUCAAGCUGAAAUAGCUUCUGCAGCAUACGAUGCAUUGGAGAGGUUCCGUGAAGACAGUAAGAAGACAACUUUGAGGUUGGUGGAAAUGGAAUCCUCGUAUCUGACUGUGGAUUUCUUCAGGAGACUUCCCCAAGAGGUGGAGAAGGGUGGAGAUCCAACUGUCUUUAAUACAGACCGAUACGCAGAGGGGCAUUUUCGUAGAAUAGGAUCAAACGUUUUCUCAUAUGUUGGUAUGGUAUCUGAGACAAUGAGGAAUUCAAUUCCAAAGGCUGUGGUUCAUUGUCAAGUGAAGGAGGCCAAACGAUCUUUACUGGAUCAUUUCUAUACCCGGUUAGGCAAAAAGGAGGGAAAGCAACUUGCAGUAUUGCUAGAUGAAGAUCCCGCAUUGAUGGAAAAGAGGCAGAAAUGUGCAAGAAGGCUUGAGUUAUACAAGUCUGCUAGGGAUGAGAUUGAUUCAGUUUCAUGGGCUGCAUGA